GAGUAUGACGAUGUCAUCCUAGGAAUGCAGUUAAGGUUUGGUCCUGCUGUAGAAGAACCUGUGGAUCGUACAGAGGCCAGGCUGUGGAUGCUGAGCAGCCCUGCACCAAGAGCAACAGACUCUCUGCUGUCCCAGAGCCUCCUCCUCUGCUCUGCUGAUCUGCCUGUACCCUGCAGGGUCCAUCAGUCAUGCCAGACACACCAGUGGAGGACUCCCUCUUCCAAAUCAUACACUGCUUCCAUCACUAUGCUGCCCGGGAAGGGGACAAGGAGACCUUGUCCCUGGAGGAGUUGAAAGCUCUGCUCUUGGAUAGUGUGCCUCGCUUCAUGGACACCUUGGGCCGCAGGCAGCCAUACUACAUCACAGAGCUGUUCCGGGUGGCUGACAAAAACAAGGACAACCAGAUCUGCUUUGAUGAGUUCCUGUACAUCUUGGGCAAGCUGGUGAAGGACUAUCAUCUCCAGUUCCACCGGCAGUUGUGUGCACACUACUGUACUGAGCACAGCCUCUACUAGAGGGAGGACAGGCAGUCUCUCAUCACCAGAACCUCUCCCCGAGACAUGACCUGACCAUGAACAGUGUACAGAACUCAGCAAUGUAUUUCUUCUUAGGUGUGUACACAUACAUACAAACAAUAUCACAAAUAUUUCUGGGAAGUACUCAGGUCAUGGUUCUGGGUAUCCCUUAAUGUUCAGUAAAAGAAGUUUAGUUUUUAUUAUCAGGAACAUUGUUUUGGGCAGAAGACAUGGCUCCUGCCUUCAGUGAUACCUUGCUUCAUGGGGGAAUACCGGCCUUGAAUCCAAGGUGCC